AUGCAUCUCCUCCUUCCUCGGUACGACGAUCGAGAACAGUCCUCGAUCCAGAGACUGAUACCUCUGACGGACCAAGCCAUCGCCUUGGCCCAACUCGGCGACCACGGAGCGGCGGAGGAGCUAUAUCGACGCGCUCUCCGCCUCAGCAGGAAUCUCCUGGGCCACCGCCACCGAGCCACCCUAACCAGCAUGAACAACCUGGCCACAUCGCUCAGCAAGCAGGGGAAACUGCGCGAAGGCGAACGACUGCACCGCGAGGAGCUGGAGCUGACGGUCGACCUCCUGGGCGAGCACCACCCGGAUACGUGGACCAGCAUGGGUAAUCUGGCGGCCGUGCUGGUGGACCGGGAAAAGUACGGCGAGGCGAAGCGGGUCAUGGGCCGGGUCGUCGAGAUCAAGAGGGAAGAGCUGGGGGAGGAUGAUCCGUCGACGCUGUCCAGUCUCGAGAUUUUGGAGUGGCUUUUGGAGAAUCGGUGA